AUGGAGGGCAUCCAGGGCAGCAGUAACAGCAAUUCCCAGUCGACAGGGUCGAGCGGAGCAAUCAAACCGGAGCCUUCUGGCUCCAAGGCGACUGGCUCUGGCGGAGGUCAGGUUGAACGCGACAGUAAAUCUGGAGGAAAGGAGGGCCCGCAAAUUCGUUCACGAAUCACGGUAGUGUGUGGAGAGUGCAAACGCUUGAAAUUGAAAUGUGACCGCAAUUCGCCCUGCAGCAGCUGUGUCAAGAGAGACACGGUCCCGAGAUGUAUCUACUCGCAACAGGCAACAGAGAAAGUUGAUCUGCAUUCAAUAAACAACCGUCUAAUGGCGCUAGAGAUGGCGCUUGUUCGCAUCUCACACGGGCUCCCUCCUCAGUAUAUCCCAAAACAUCCCCCAGUGGUGGAAGAAGCAAAAUCCAUGGGCCUCAUGACUGACAGUGCACGUCAUCACGGCGGGGGUGCCAUGAACUUCUCCGCGUCCUCUUCCACCGCCGACUAUCAGCAGGAUGAACCUCCAGACCCUCCCCUCUUUACCAUGGAUCCAUUCCCAGCCACACCUCAUCCGCAAGCGCGCUUGCAAACCACCGCCCCUCCUCACGACCCCUCGCACACUCAUCACCACCACCUAGCAGCCCCUCCCAGUAAAUCUAGUUUUCUAGACCCUUCGGCAGCACUGGUCUUGCGGGAGAUCGUUUGUGGGUUGCGUGAAGAGCUGCAACUCGGAGGGGAGCUCUCGACGGACAGUGCGACUAAUCUCUAUCUCAAAUCGGAACCCGAUGCCAGCUCCUCGACCGACGACAUUGUGAUGCACUCUUCUGGAUCUUCCGGGACCAUGGAACACCUUGGUUCGAAUCCGCUUACCGCCUCUUCCUCCCCUAAGCCCGCCGCAAUUGCAGAGGGGACCGUUAGCCAACAGCAGAAAUAUGAAGCCCGACUCUUGCUUCCGCCGCUCAGCAUCUAUUACCCCCAUGCGCCUGUCGCUGUCCCGGGAACGUCCGCUUCUAGCUCCUUGCCCUUUCCAGCCGUACCGCAGGCAACCUUUACGCCAGCACCCUGGGGUGGAUAUACCGGCGGCAGCGGAGACGUUGUUGAACAAGACUUAACUGGCCAUGGUACGCUCAAUGAUGAAAGGGGCUCCCCGUGGCGGCCUGGUCCUUCGAUGUCACCUCACCUCUCAAUGAGGGCCCCCGAAAGCCUCAACCCAUCCACACACUCGCCUGCGCCAAUUCCGAAACCAGCAAUCACACCUGCUCUCCGAGAGCUGCUUCCAAAUACGCUCACUUGCGAAAGACUGAUCGAAUCGGCGAAAGAUUCCAUGGCGGUGCGACCGAUUGAGCUUGGUUUGCCCUCGAGGAUGAACAACAAGCAUAAGGUUGCGGGAUUUGACGUGUUUGCGUGGCGGAGUAAAAAGGUGUAUGCGAGGGCCAGUACCACAGCGGGAAAGAGCAGGAAGGGGAGGGAUAGUGUCAGUUCAUCGUCGUCUUCGAGGGUUGCGGUGGACCGUUUGGUUUCGGCGAUGCCAGGGGAGCCUAGGAGGUCGUCUUACAGUUCUGGGUCGUCAAGGCGAGGUGGUGAUGAUGAUAUGGGAGAGGGUGUUGGAAGGGGACACGAUCGCUCUGGGUCGAGAUAUCACUUCCCUAUCGCACCUGCUCCAAGGGCUUCAACCCCGGCUCGGUCGGAGCCAAGCUCCUCGUCCAGGAAGCCUCGCUCAACUGCCGCUGGUGUAAUCGGGGACAGUUUGGCAUUCUUCGGACUGAUGUGUGCGGUCAUGGCGGUCGGGGCAUCUCGUAAUGGUCAGAGUUUGGAGGACUCGGCUGGUUCGGGCUCGCCCAACGCCACACCAGCAUUCUUAUCGGCACUUUCCUUGCAAGCUCUAGAGGUUUGGAUGGAUAAUAGCGAGAAUGCGGAGUUGGAAGAACGGGUGGAGUACAUUCGAGCGUGCUUGGUUCAUAUCACAUACCUCUUGGGCAACGGUUCACUGCCAUUGUCAACGUCAAGUUUCUCGUCCGCUUCUCGUUCGAACCAGGACGCCAUCCAUGCGGUGCUGGGACGCAUGAUCAAUGCCAUGCAAGCUUGGGGCCAUGAGAGUGGGAUAUUCUCCCCCACGGAAGUCGCCAACAUCGAAGGUCGUGGCGUGUCACGUACUCAUGCACAACUUAUCGCUGCCGAGAUCGAGGAGAGUAGAAAGCGGGUGUGGUGGGAAGCGCUUUAUUAUACGCUCAUGAUUUCCGAUGCACUUGGGAAACCGUGCUUGGCUCCGGCUCAGUUCUUCACUGUGCCGCAACCGACGUUGGAUCUGCAGCUGCUCGAUGGAGGCGUUAAGGACGAGGUUGGGCGAGAUGGACAUCCUCGAGGUGAAGAGGCUGAGAGAAACGCAGAACAAGCAACUAGGAUGCGGGCUGAACGUCUGUUCUCCGCUUCUCGAGCUCGCCUCGUACAUCUCGCUCACCAGGUCAAGAGCCGUAUCAAUACUCCCAAUUGUUGUUGUGGCUACACUGUUGACCAGGCCGCAUUGCUGAUGGGUGAAAUCCAGGGGUGGAUGAAGACGAUCCCGCAGGAACUCCUUUAUGCAUUUGAAAUGGGUGUCUACGGCUCUUCGUCGCGACUCAUGGGCUUCGGGAAGCAUUUCGAUGUCCACAACGACGAUAAUCGUCGCGCGGUGGCCGGUAGUAACAGAUGGCUUCAGCAGUUAAUGAGCUGCGAACUAGCCCUCUUCGUCCAGGCAUUGAUCGUGAAGAUCCACGCGCCCUUCAUACCACUUCUUUCCAAUCCCAACCCACAGAACAUCAAGCAGCUGAAGCAUGUUCUUCAGGAGUUUGUCUCCGCAUCCCAAGCCACAAUCCGUGUAUCAAGGCUUUUGAAGAACCUGCUUCGAGACCGGGUUGUUCCAUUGUCCGACAAUGCCAUCUUACCGGUCGCACUCGAUAUCUACGCCUUCGACCAGCUAAUCCUCGACGCCACCGUGGUUUGUUCGCGGGUCUGUCUGGGGCCUUCGUGGACGGGCGUCGCUUGCUUGGCUGAGCUCCUAGGAUUGACGGGGCGAGAUCAAGCCAGUAUCGAACUCAUGCAGAGCAUUAAGAUAGGGCUGGACAUCCUGGAUGCGCUUUACGGCUCGGGGGAGGACACAGAACGACGCCGCCGGCGCGACAACCUGAAAAUAGUUGCCUCACUUCGAAGGCUCUGGAAGAAGCGCAGUAUUGUACUCAGUGAUCGCUCGGCCAUGCUGAAGCGGAAGAGGGAUACCGCCGAUGGGGACAACGUGCCUCGAAGGUCUCCCCGAAGUUCUCCUAUGUCUUCGAGGCAAUACCACGACGACGACGACGAUGCCGAUGACUCCAUGGACGAGGGCCCGUUUGGAUUUGACCCAAACCCGGACAACAGGGGUCCCGCCCCAUCCAGUGGCUCUCCUGGUCAACGCCGUUCAGAUACUCGUUCUAGUCCACGGGGAAGUAAUCGUUCUUCCGCCCCUUCUUACACACAGAGGACCAUGCCUUCGUCUGGCUCUACGACGCUAACAAACUUUGCCAAAGACCCGAAACCACUUCCAAACGCGAUUAGUUACCGGCAGCGGGGUGUCUCUGAGAAACGUAAGGGCAAGACGAGCGGAAACGCUCUUCUGCGUGUUCGACACGGGCCAGAUGGCAAACUUAUCCAAGGGGACACCAUUUCAACAACUGCCCCUACUCCUGCACCUCCACUGAGGAGGGUUGCCCCUACUCGCCCCCCUUCAGAGGACCAGACGGCAAGUACGCAUGAGCCUGUCGAAACUCCUACAGCUGCAACCACGGCUUCUUCCCCAUCGGAUCCUCCUCCUCAAGAUCUCCUCGCCAAUGUGCCAAACGGACCCGGCAACGAACCUUAUCAACGAUCGCGCGCUGAAUCUUUCAGCGACAGCCAGAACGUUGCCGACCCUCCUGCCCCAGUAAUGGGGUCUCUGUCCGGUCCAUCCCGGUUGGUGCCACCUGAACAUCUGCAAGGCCUUGCAAGUCACCAGGGAGACUUGAACUAUCACCCGUCUGCGUCUGACAUGAACGCAGGGUUCAACUCAUUGUCGUCGUCGGAACCGCCAACACCAUUUUCGGCCUCAAUGCCCUCCCAACAAUACGCGUAUAAUGGGUUUGGCUUCCAUUCCGGGCCAGCGACUACGACUCCGGGAACCAGUGCAGCACUUGACGGUGGCAGCCACGAUCCAUCUCUACAACCACAGCAACUUUCGUACCAGCCUCAGUCAACCGCCGCCUCUUUCAUAACCACUCCGAACCUCGAUAACUCUGCAGGCGGUUACUUCCCCGCGCAAACCGUUCAGCAGCCGUCCAACACCCAAAUAUACCCACACGUGCAGACUUUCAAUCAGGGGUUAGACCUGGGAAAGCCUAGCCAAAACCCCACAGUAGCAUACCAGGCAACAGGCUACACCAACAGUUUCGAAGGAAUGGGUCAGUGGUCGAUGGAGCAGCAUACAGGUGCGGUCAUGCCGGACCAGUCGAGACAGCAGGAGCAGCAACCGUGGAAUACGAAUCUAACGGGAUGGAGUCCUCAAGGCUGA